AUGGCGAUGAACUACAAGGAGGAGGACGGGCACCCUCACUCCGGUGUGGGCCCUGGAGUGGCCGCCAAGAGUAAGAAGCCGGAUAACACGGCCUUCAAGCAGCAGCGCCUUCCGGCUUGGCAGCCCAUCCUCACUGCUGGCACCGUCCUGCCGGCCUUCUUCGUCAUCGGGAUUAUUUUCAUCCCCAUCGGAAUCGGGAUCUUUGUCACCUCCAACAACAUCCGGGAGUUCGAGAUUGACUACACUGGGAUAGAUUCCAAUAGUGACUGCCACAAAUGUGUUAAUAUUUCAUGGAACAGCAAGCCAUGCAAUUGUACUAUUAAUUUUAUGCUGGAUACUGCAUUUGAGAGCAAUGUGUUCAUGUAUUAUGGACUGUCUAACUUCUACCAGAACCACCGCCGAUAUGUUAAGUCAAGGGAUGACAGUCAGUUGAAUGGAGACAAAAAUUCCCUGACAAAUCCAAGCAAAGAAUGUGAUCCUUAUCGUACCAGCGAUAAUAAGCCUAUUGCUCCUUGUGGUGCUAUUGCAAACAGUAUGUUCAAUGACACUCUCCGCUUAUAUAAAAUCACAGAUGGAGGAGAGGAGUAUAUUCCAUUGACCAAAAAAGGGAUUGCUUGGUGGACUGAUAAAAAUGUAAAGUUCAAAAACCCAGUGGGAAAUACAACAGACCUCAAGGAGAUCUUUAAAGAUACAACUAAGCCAAUUAAUUGGCAGAAACCAGUGUAUGAGUUAGAUCCUAAGGAUUCGGACAACAAUGGAUUUGUCAAUGAAGAUUUUAUUGUAUGGAUGCGUACUGCAGCAUUGCCAACAUUCAGAAAGCUUUAUGGUCUCAUAGAAAAGAGUGAUUCUUUACAAGUAGCAUUAAAGCCUGGAAAUUACACUCUUUAUAUUGAAUACAAUUAUCCUGUUCUCAGCUUUGAUGGAAGAAAGAGAAUGAUUCUAAGCACAAUUUCUUGGAUGGGGGGAAAGAACCCAUUUUUAGGAAUUGCAUACAUGACUGUGGGCUCAAUCUGUUUUUUCUUAGGUGUUGUGCUUCUCAUCAUACACACCAAAUAUGGCAAUCGUAAUAACAGUGCUGAUAUUCCAAAUUAA